GCUACCAUGUGCAGACUCAUACUAGUCCGGGUGUAUGGGCUAUGGUGAACGAACGAAUUAGGGAGCCCUUAGUGGUUUAUCACUAGUCUUUACCUGUAGUUCGGCUAAUGUAGGGAAAAAGCGCCUAAUUAAAAAUAUUUUGUACUUACUCCUCUGCGUCCGCACCCUAUCUUGUUGUUUGAAUUUCUUUAAUAAAAUAAAUGUUGGUUCAUAAUCUACUAAUCAGUUAAGACCGCAUCAAUAAAAAUAUAAUGUCCAUAGGGUCAUAGGGAAGACCGCCUUUGACUUUGGAUAGCCAGGUUCAGUAAUCCUUGACAAUCUUUGAAAUUCACACAGUAUGUUAUAAAAAAAAAAAAUACAAUGUUGUCUCGACCGAAGCCUGGGGAAUCGGAGGAGGACCUCUUAAAGUUCCAGAACCAAUUCAUUGCUGCAGGUGGAUCUGCAGCUGCCAAGGUUUUUAGAAAAGCCGAUAAGAGGAAAGGAGAUGCAGAGGAGAAAGCCAAAGAUACCUGUGGGGAAUCAGGAAGCAGAGAUGUGGUAACACUUCAGGACUUUCCCGACUUGCCGCCUAUUUUGACUCCUGGACCAUCUAAGAAAUCUAAGUUUGCCAAAGAGCGCGUCCAUUUUGCUGAUGAAGAUCCAGAAGAAAUUUUAGACAGACAAGAUCAACACAUCACUGCUGUUUUCUCAAAAAUCAUUGAAAGGGACACAAGUAGUGCAACAAUUACAGCCCCGAUGUCCACUGGACAAGCCUUCCCUCAGGUCUUCCACAGGUCACAAAUACAGAGCCAGGAAGCAGCAGGACCUGGAAAAAUAAGCAUCUUUGCGCAAAAAAUGGCUGCCAAAAAGGUUGCGGAGGCUGCUGCAACAAAUGCUAAAAGUAUCACUAUGGUGACCCGGAAUAUAACCUAUAGCAGCCAUGAAAUAGAUCAUUCAUGUGAUGACAUAACAAAGCCAACAUCUACUGAGUUAACAGAAGAAAUGCAUGUGGACUUUUCACAUCGGAUCACAGGGGACUCUUCACAUCUGAUCACAGGAGAAGGUCUUCAGAGACCAGAUAGUCACGAGGAAGCUCAACGGAUACAUAAGGAGAAUGUGGAGAAGUUGAAAGCAAUGUCUAAGGAGGAGAUAUUGCAUGAACGAGACCAGCUCCUUUCACAGCUUGAUUCAAAGUUGGUGGCUUUCCUGAAAUCACAAAGAGCAAAGAAACCCGCACAAGAUGAUUCCAGCACUAAAAAUACAUCAGAGGAAUGCCACCCUGUCAAGCUGGAGAAUCCAGAUUUUAAUGCAUUUGGCCAGGCUGCGCAAGACGGUGCAACAAAGAAAGAAGCAAUGUCAGUGGAUGAGCUGCCUGUGAAGCCACAGAAGGAGUGGCUUCACAUGGAUAAUGUGGAGUUUGAGAAACUGGAAUGGACGAAGAAUCUUCCCAAGCUGAGGCAAACAAAAACAAAGAAGGGAAUGCAGGCACGGUUUGACUUAAAGGGUGAACUGAUUCCACCAAAUACUGAACUGCCCACCCAUCUAGGGCUGCAUCAUCAUGGAGAAGAAUCGGAGAGAGCUGGGUACUCACUUCAGGAACUCUUCCAUCUCUCUCGCAGUCAGUUUAUCCAACAAAGGGCUCUUUCCCAACAAGUGCUUGGAAGGAUUGUUCAGAAGGCAAGGCAGGGGGAGUUCAGUUCCUCUCUGAAGGGCAGUGUCCUGCGGCUGCUUUUGGAUGCUGGUUUUCUCUUCCUCCUGCGCUAUUCUAUAGAUGAUUCUGCAGAAAAUGUCAUUGCUGCAUCUGUUCAUAGUCUAUAUUCCUUGCUUGUGUCACCUGAUGAUGAGGAUUACCUAGAUAUGACAUUCUCGUGGUACCAAGGGACAAAUGUUUUCCCUUUUAUCCCUACUCAAGAUGAGGAGGAUGAAGACGAUGAUGAUGAGGAGGAGGCUAUGCUUUGGGAGGCUGGAAAAGAGGAAAGAAAAAAGGCUAAGGAAGAAAAAAAGUCUGACCCUGAUGUGGCUCGUUAUGAUGCUGUAAAGGGACUUCUGAAGACCAAGGUUCUUCACCGUUUGAGGUACAUUUUGGAGGUUGUGCGCCCAUCGCCAUCUGUAGUCCUAGACAUUUUGUCUAUUCUUACCCGUGUGGCCAGACAUUCCACAGAGGCCUGCAUCCAGCUCUUGGACUGUCCGCGGCUGAUGGAGACUGUUAUCAAAGAGUUCCUACCUAUUCAGUGGACUAUGCAUGUUGAUUCAGAGACUCUUGGACCUUCAAGUCUUCAUGGCAUUCCAAGUUCAUCUGCUAUGAAGCUGUUGCGGGUUCUGGCAACCUCAGGCCGACAUGCAUGUGCAAGACUGCUUAACAAAUUUGAUAUGAAGAACCAUAUCAGCAGGUUUGUUGCCCAGGAACCCCAGGACCUGUCUCUGCCGAGGGAAGAGGCGGAGAGGCUGAUCACAGAGACUUUUCGUCUGUGGGCUGUGGCUGCAGGUUAUGGACAGGCUUGUGAUUUGUACAGGGAGCUGUAUCCUGUCCUUGUGAAGAUUCUGCAGUCUCUACCCCACCUUAUUGGUGGCUGUAAAGUGGAAAACUAUACGCAUCAUCUCAUCUUCCAGCGAAUGGCUGCUGUUGUAAUCCUUCUAACUCACGUGACGCAAACUGCUGGCUGCACGGCAGAACUGGAGGCUCAGCUUCGCAGCUCAGCAGCAGAAGUAGAUCAGCAAAUCCCGCCUCCUCCUGUGUCAUGGUGUCACGUGACUGGGCUUGUACCAUUAGUGGAAGGAUGUCUCAGAAGAUGCCUUCAAGAAGUUUCCAGCGCUAAUGUGUGGGAAAUUGUUCAACCUCUCACAAUAGCUUGUAUUAAUUUUCUUGCAUCUUUUUAUCAGGCGGCCAGUCGGCAGCCCUCUGUGAAUCCAGUGACCUGUAAUGAAGAUGUUGAGCGUUUGGCUUCAGAUGUUCUGUUACCAUUUCUGCAGCAUACAACAACUCAGUCAAUGUGGGACCUACUCAGGUCGUGCUCCUCAGUAUGUAACCCACUCUCCUGUUCCCCGUUACCAGAGUCUGUACCCAGUAUAGUGUCUCUGAGUUGUGAAGGAGGAAAACCUCCAUUGAGCCUAGCUGGUAAGAAAUCUCCAUUUCCCAUCUUGACUGCUUUGUUGAAUCUUAUAUCCUGCAUCACCAACAUCCAUAAAGGACUGAUCAGCAAGUUUUCUAUUAUUCAUGAAUCUAAAGGACUGCAUAAUUACUUGGUCCAGGUUUCUACAGCAGCACCUCCAGCUGUAACUCCAUCUACCAUUUGGCUUCUGCGGCAUGAGUAUCAUCUGCAAUAUUUUGUCUUAUCCCUGGUGCAUAAAAUGGCUAUGACAUGUCCAGAUUAUUCCCAGAAUGCUUCGCUUUAUCACUCUAUGUCGCUGACCCUGCUGAGUGGUCUGCUGCCCGGUAGUGAGCAACUAGCUCAUAAAACUAUUUCUAGUUUUGUUUUUAAUCCUUUGUUUCUUCAAGAAGGAAGAGCUGGAGGUCCUGAAGCUGCAGAUUUGUCAGACAUCCUGCAUAUUUCUGGGGAUGCCAAGAUCACAGCUCUUGGUUCAGCUGCCAUGAAUUCUGUUAGUCCUAGCCGAGGUGUUUUGCUUGAAGAAGCCUACAAAAACCUCUCUUCUAUCCAGUCGUGCUACCUCGCCCACUUCACCAACAUGGAACAAGCCCUUGAUCGUUCCAAAUGCAGAUAUCAAGGGCGGACUUGUUUUGUGCAGUCUGCUAUGUUGCCUGAGGCCAGAGGACCAGUAUUGCCAUCUGACUGGCCUUUUCUCCCACUAAUCACUUUGUACAACAAAGUAACCAAUGCAGAAACAAGAGGUCAUGUCCUAAACACCCUCCCUCCUGACCUGGUCAGCAUGAUCAGCAGAAGUUUGCAAUGGAUACUACUUUUGGAGACAUGGCGUCCUACUUGUUUGCACAGCAUCCCCAUUGCUGCAAAACUGACUCGCUUGGCAUGUGUUUUUCUUACAGGUGGGGAUCUGUUCUUAGAAGGCCUUGUACACGCAUACACUGCCGCUCUGCUGGUUAUUUAUUGCCAACCAAAAUAUAUGGACUCCUUAAAACUUGAUGUCCCUUUGCCUGGCCUUGCGUCAUUCUAUGAUUUUUAUAUGGACCUUUUGGAACAAUUUGAGGCAGUUUCAUUUGGGGACCCACUAUUUGGAUCAUUUGUGCUUCUUCCUCUACAGAGGCGAUUCAGUGUGCAACUUAAACGAGCAGUUUUUGGUGAAAAUGUGAGCAGUUUGAGGUCUCUUUCCGUUCAUCUGAAAGAGUUUCCUUUAUCAUUGGAUCUGUACACUUCACCACCGGAGGACAACCUCACUCUCCUACGCUUGUAUUUCCGGACUCUGCUGACAAGAGCUCUGCGUCAGACAUGGUGCCCUGUGCUCUAUAUUGUGGCUGUGGCUCAUGUGAACAGUUUCAUAUUUUCUCAGGAUCGUGUUACUCAGGAAAUGGAUUCUGCACGGAAAAGCAUGCUGAGAAAGACUUAUCUACUCACAGAUGAGGUUUUAAGAAAUCAUCUCCUGUAUUUUAAACAAAUAUCCAGUGACAGCCCAGUUGGCUUUGAUCUUUAUGACCAGUUGCCUCCUCUGCGACAGAAGUACCUGAAGGCAGUGACAGAGAAGAGUGACAGAGUGUCAGAAAAAUGCACAAGGAGUUAACAGGACAUAACUUCUUUAUGUUCAAUACGGUCCUUGUCCCUUUGUCCCAAAGCAGCAGCUUUCAUUUUAAUGUUUGUAUCCCACUCCCUGAUAGUGUGUUCUGACAAUUUUGUUUCUGUUCACUUUUCCGUUUGUGAUUUUUUAUUUCAUUUCCAAUUAUUUUUUGUUGCUUAUUAGUAUUGCUUUAAAAUAAAAUGUACUUAAUAAUAA